GGUUUAUAUCUAAAGCCGACAAAAAUAUACAUCAUGUUCCGAUUCCUUCUUCUCGCCACCUUGCUGCCGGCUCUUGCCUUGGCCGAUUUUCCAUUCAUUCCCUGUCCCGGAGUUCAACCGCCAAUCUCUUUCAAUAUUCCUGAAUGCCCCGGUGGUCCUCCCUGUGACUUCUAUAUUGGCCAACAAAUUACUUUGGAAAUAGGAUUCGAAGCUGUUGGAACGGUAACUGAAAUUCCAACCACUGCGGAGAUCACCUUGGCCAAUGGUGAAGUCAUAGAUUUUGAACUUCCAACUGGAGAUGGCUGCAACGCCGUUCUUGGAGGAUGUCCUAUUGAUGCUGGUGUCCAUACAGUUGUUUUCCCCCUCACUAUCCAGGGAGUUCCUGCCAAUGAACAAGUCACCAUUACCGUAACUAUGAGUGAUCAGAAUGGUCAUGCUAUGGCUUGUGGUUCCGUCAUUGGUGAAUUUGGAGGUUAAAAAGUUUUUUUUUAAGGAAUAAAGAUGCUGAUUUACAAUA